GCAACUUGAGUCGCAAAAAGUCGAGGAGCUUGUCUUUCACAUGCACCUCGAUGUUCGCGCUCCGUCGCUGCAUCUUCUACGCGCCAUUGACCAGAAUCACUCCUCCAGUCGCAUCAGCCAUGGCCCAGAAGCGAACUUUCAACGAAGGCAAGCGGCACUUCAAGAAGAACAAGAAGCAAAAGACGAGCACAGUCGCCGAGGGGUCCAAUGAAGAAGUGCUGCUGGCCGACGUGAGGAAUCUGCUCAAGGACGUUGACAUCUCCGAACAGACCGACGAAACUGCUAGACCACAGCCUGAGGAGCGCACCGAGAUAGACGUCACUAUCAAAGAGCUCUCGUCCACCGGCGAUGGGUUGGCAGAAAAAGAUGGUCAAGUAUAUGUUGUCCCAUUCUCUGCGCCUGGUGAUGUUGUCACCGCAAGAGUGUACAAGAAUUUUUCCGACGAGUCGUAUUCACUUGCAGAUUUCGUCAAGCGUGUUUCCAAAGGGCCGUCCAGCACUGCAGAACCGCAAUGUCCUUACUUCACACAAUGCUCAGGCUGUCAGUUUCAGCACAUGCCAUACGAAGCUCAACUUGCGCACAAAAAGACCAUCGUCGAAAAAGCAUUCCGCAACUUCUCGAACCUCCCUACGUCCGCAGUACCAGCAGUUGGCGACACGAUCGGCUCACCACUGCAAUACGGCUAUCGCACCAAACUCACGCCACACUUUGAUGGGCCUCCUGGUGGGAGAAGAGAUAAGAGACAUGGCAAACCGGUAACGUGGCCGGGAGUCCCAGCGAUUGGAUAUAUGUUGAAGGGCACGAGGAAGACGAUGGACAUUGAAGACUGCCCGAUUGGAACAGAGGCCGUACGGAAGGGCAUGAAGAGGGAACGAGUGCGUGUCGCUGCAGAGAUCAACAAAUAUCAGAAGGGGGCGACCUUGCUCCUACGUGAGAGCACGACGAGAGAAGAGAAGAAAGAGGAUAAGCUUGAAGUCAGCGCCGACGGCGAAGACGAAGUCGUAGAGGACCGCGGACAAUAUGUGCAUCGCAAGAUCUGCAUCACCGAUCACAAAGCCACGUCGACAGAGUACGUGGACGACUUCCGCUUCGAUAAUCCCGCAGGCGCAUUCUUCCAAAACAACAAUUCGAUUCUGCCUGUUGUCACGCAAUACAUACGCGACAACAUUCUCGGAUCGACGAUGGAUGGGGCUGCGGAUGCAAAUUCGAAUGGCGACACAGGCGGCAAGCCCAGGAUAAAACACAUGGUGGACGCGUAUUGUGGUUCGGGCUUCUUCACCAUCAAUCUGUCCCGCAUGUUCAAGCAGAGCAUUGGCAUUGACGUGUCUGCACAAUCUGUCGAAUUCGCUAGCAAGAAUGCGAAAUUGAACAAUCUGCCAGAAGAUGCGACGCACUUCAUCGCAGCAGAUGCAAACAAGUUGUUCGAGUCGCUCGAUACAAAGAAGUUCCCUCCGGACGAGACCGUUGUCGUGAUCGACCCCUCGAGAAAGGGUUGUGAUGAAGGCUUCAUCAGCCAAUUACUGAAGUAUGCUCCUGCACGAGUGUGCUAUGUAUCUUGCAACGUGCAUACGCAAGCCAGAGACGUUGGGUGGUUGGUCGGGGGCCUGCCAGGCGACGGGGAUCAGCCCAAGCACGAGGGAAUAUAUGAGAUCGAGAGUCUGCGGGGAUUCGACUUCUUUCCUCAGACCAGCCACGUUGAGGGGGUCGCAAUCCUGCGCAGGAAAACACCAGCGGCCGGGCCAUAGAGCACCGCAGAGCAAGGCAAGCCACCACCUAUUGGGCAGCAAUAUGAGGCUGGGCUUCUUGCACAGCCAAGAUGGCGACACCGCUGCUCCCAAUGUCGAACUUGUGCUUUGACACUUUUCACAGAGCCGAUAUCUCAUUCCUCGAUCUUG